GGCAGAUCAGAUCAAAGCUCAAGCCUCUUCACACCUCAUGAGCCUCCUCCCCGCGUCCACGAUCCGCGCGCUCGGCCAGAAGGAGUACGAGAAGCGCAAGCAGGCGGCGCUUGAGGUCGAGGCCCACGUCCGUGAGCUGCGCGACGCGCAGCAGUACGAAAAGAUCAACGCGAUCGUCAAGCACCUCGCGCUCGAGCUGGCCAACUCGGCGCAGGCGCACGUGCGCAAGGGCGCGCUGCACGCCCUCUCCGGCACCGCCAUCGGGCUGCGCCAGCACGCUGGCCAGAUGCUGCCGCAGCUGCUGCCGCCGGUGCUGUCGGCGCUCUCGGACCCCGACCCGCGAGUGCGGUACACGGCGUGCGAGGCGCUGUACAACAUCGCAAAGGUGGCGCGCUCGUCGUGCGUGGCGCACAUCAACGAGAUCUUCGACGGCCUCUUCAAGCUCUCCGCCGACACCGACGUGCAGGUCCAGAACGGCAUGCAGCUGCUCGACCGGCUGAUGAAGGACGUCGUCACCGAGUCGGAGGCGUUCGACCUGGCCGCCUUCAUGCCGCUGCUCGGCGAGCGGAUCUACGUCUCGAACCCCUUCUCGCGCCAGUUCCUCGUCGGAUGGAUCUCCACCCUCGGCUCCGUCCCAGACCUCGACCUGGUCGCCCACCUGCCAGUCUUCCUCGACGGCCUCUUCCACAUGCUCGCCGACGCGAACCGCGAGAUUCGGACCCAGACCUUCGAUGCCCUCAACCAGCUGCUGCGCGAGAUCGGAGAGGCGGAGGAGGCGGCCUCCCUCCUUCCGCCCUCCCCCCUCCCCCCUCCACCCAGCCCCUCCGGCGUCACGCGUGUGGCGGAGGUGCCGUCGGGCGCAUCUCUCCUCCGCUGUCUCUCCUCCCACCUCCGCCGCCGCCUCGCCCAAGGCCCUCUCCCGCGCGCCGCCCGCCGGCAACAGGCCCCCCGGGCCCCUUGGGGCUCCGCCGGCAGCCGCCCCCCCCCCCCGCCCCCCCCGGGCUCAGGUGGACUACGCGCCGCUCUUCCACGUCCUCGUCACGCACUGCUCCUCGCGCGACAAGUUCACCACCCUCACCUCCCUCUCCUGGCUCCACCCGCUCAUCUCGCACGCGCAGGCGCCGCCGACGCCGCCCCCCCCUCUCCCAUCACCCCUCCCAUCACCCCUCCCACCACCCACCCCACACGUCGCCCACCCCACACUCCGCCCUCGGCCGCUGCGACGCCCGCGGCGUGUGUCGUCAGGCCCUGA